AUGCUGAGUGCACUGUUAAGGGGUGUAUCUACCGUGUUAGCGCCGGGACCAGGCUGUUGAUCGGCGGUUGGACCGACAUGAACAGGUUGAAAGUUUCUAACCACAGAAGCUGCCAGAGAACCAUUGAUAGGUAUGGUUAGUUUAUAAUCCCUGUCUUUCCACAAAUUUAAUGUAUCUGGCCAGCAAUCUUGGCUACCAAGUAAAAGGAAGAAAUAAAAUAAAAUAAAAGGUUGAAAGUCUGUGAAAGCAACAUAUUCAUAGACCAACCUCAUUGCAUAUAUUAUCAACUAGAACAGACAGGCAGGCCAACUCAAUGGCCGCUUCAUGCAUUUAUGUCCUCGUACUGCUAGUACUACCGGGCAUCUCGGUGUUCGCCGUGGUACCCGGUGCUGCCAGUUCUUCUUCCCCGAGUCCGACCAACGCCAACAGCAGCGAUACUGAUCUUGCCACACUGCUGGCUUUCAAAUCCCACCUCUCUGACCCUCAAGGAGUCCUUGCAAGCAACUGGACCACCGGCACAUCUUUCUGCCACUGGAUCGGUGUCUCGUGCAGCCGGCGCAGGCAGCGCGUCACGGCCUUGGAGCUACCAGGUCUGCCCCUCCACGGGUCCCUUGCUCCUCACCUUGGUAACCUCUCUUUCCUAUCCAUCAUCAACCUCACCAACACCAUCCUGAAGGGUUCCAUCCCAGAUGAGUUAGGAAGACUGCGUCGCCUCAAAUUCCUCGAUCUUGGCCGCAAUGGUCUGUCAGGUAGCAUCCCACCUGCCAUAGGAAACCUCACAAGGCUUCAAGUUCUUGUCCUAAAGUCUAACCAGCUUUCGGGUUCAAUCCCGGAGGAACUGCACAACUUGCAUAACCUUGGUUCCAUAAAUCUCCAGACGAAUUACCUAAGUGGUUCGAUACCGAUCUUUCUAUUCAACAAUACGCCGAUGUUAACUUAUUUAACCAUUGGCAAUAACAGCUUGUCAGGACAGGUACCAUAUUCCAUUGCCUUGUUGCCGAUGCUCGAGUUCCUUGACCUGCAAUACAAUCAUCUCAGCGGCCUAUUUCCCCCAGCUAUCUUUAACAUGUCUAAACUCCAUACAAUCUUUCUCAGCAGAAACUACAACCUAACUGGCUCUAUCCCUGACAAUGGAAGUUUCAGUCUCCCGAUGCUGCAAAUAAUCAGCAUGGGAUGGAACAAAUUCACUGGUCAGAUUCCACUGGGGCUCGCAACUUGUCAGCACCUCACAGUUAUUUCCAUGCCUGUUAACUUGUUUGAAGGGGUUGUCCCAACAUGGCUGGGCCAGUUGACUCAUCUAUACUUCAUUUCCUUGGGUGGGAAUAACCUUGUUGGCCCAAUUCCUGCUGCACUUUGCAAUCUCACUUCGCUAAGUGUCUUGAGCCUGCCAUGGUCCAAGCUGACAGGACCCAUUCCGGGAAAAAUUGGACAACUGAGCCGACUCACAUUUCUGCAUCUCGGAGACAAUCAACUAACAGGACCCAUUCCUGCCUCCAUUGGUAAUCUUUCUGAGUUAUCAUUGCUAGUAUUGGACCGAAAUAUGCUGGCUGGGUCACUGCCUGGAACAAUUGGCAACAUGAACUCUCUGGUGAAACUUAGUUUUUUUGAAAACCGCCUGCAGGGGGAUCUCAGCUUGUUGUCCAUUUUAUCUAACUGUAGGAAGCUCUGGUAUCUUGACAUGUCUUCCAACAAUUUCACUGGUGGCCUCCCUGACUAUGUAGGGAAUCUGUCAAGUAAGCUGGAAACUUUCCUUGCAUCUGAGAGUAAUUUAUUUGGUGAACUUCCAGCUACAGUUUCAAAUUUAACCAGUCUUAGAGUGCUAGAUCUGUCAAAAAACCAGUUGUAUGGUGAAAUUCCAGCUUCAAUCAUGAUGAUGGAGAAUCUGCAGUCCCUUAGCCUCCGUUGGAAUAGCUUGUCUGGCCCAAUCCCAUCACAGACUGCAAUGCUAAAGAAUCUAGUAAAAUUUCACCUCGGACACAACAAAUUAUCUGGCUCCAUACCGGAGGAUAUCGGUAAUCAUACCAUGUUAGAAGAAAUUAGACUAUCUUAUAACCAGUUAUCGUCAACUAUACCACCAAGUUUAUUUCAUCUUGAUAGCCUCCUUCGGCUAGAUUUAUCUCAAAACUUCCUGAGCGGUGCAUUACCGGUUGAUAUCGGCUAUUUAAAGCAAAUUUACUUCUUGGAUCUCUCUGCCAACCGCUUGACGAGUAGUCUCCCAGAUUCAGUUGGAAAACUUAUCAUGAUAACCUAUUUAAACGUGUCAUGCAAUUCACUAUAUAACCCAAUUUCAAAUUCUUUUGACAAGUUGGCCAGCUUGCAAAUUUUGGAUCUAUCACAAAACAAUCUCUCUGGUCCUAUCCCAAAGUACCUGGCCAAUCUUACCUUCCUGUACAGAUUGAACCUCUCUUUCAAUAAUCUACAUGGUCAGAUACCAGAAGGAGGUGUCUUCUCAAACAUCAGCCUGCAAUCCUUGAUGGGGAAUUCAGGGCUUUGUGGUGCUUCAAGCUUAGGAUUUCCAUCGUGUUUGGGCAACUCUCCAAGAACCAACAGCCACAUGCUCAAAUAUUUGCUCCCUUCUAUGAUUGUAGCAAUUGGAGUGGUGGCAUCUUACAUAUUUGUAAUAAUAAUAAAAAAGAAAGUUAGUAAGCAGCAAGGGAUGAAAGCUUCUGCCGUUGACAUCAUAAACCAUCAGUUAAUCUCCUACCACGAGCUCACCCAUGCCACUGAUAACUUCAGCGAGAGCAACCUGUUGGGGUCCGGGAGCUUUGGGAAAGUUUUCAAGGGCCAGCUGAGCAAUGGUUUGGUUAUUGCAGUAAAAGUUCUGGACAUGCAGCUGGAACAUGCCAUUAGAAGCUUCGAUGUCGAGUGUCGCGUGCUGCGCAUGGCGCGACACCGUAACUUGAUAAGGAUACUCAACACCUGCUCCAACCUAGAAUUCAGAGCACUGGUGCUCCAGUACAUGCCCAAUGGCAACCUAGAGACACUCCUUCACUACUCCCAGAGCAGAAGGCACUUGGGACUCCUCGAGAGGCUGGACAUCAUGCUUGGAGUGGCAAUGGCAUUGUCGUAUCUGCACCAUGAGCACCACGAGGUUAUCUUGCACUGCGACUUGAAGCCCAGCAACGUAUUGUUCGACAAGGACAUGACAGCACAUGUGGCGGACUUUGGCAUCGCAAGGUUGCUAUUAGGCGAUGAGAGCUCCGUGAUCUCCACGAGCAUGCCUGGAACAGCUGGGUACAUGGCACCAGAGUACGGGUCUCUCGGAAAGGCAUCGCGGAAGAGCGACGUGUUCAGCUACGGGAUCAUGCUCCUCGAGGUCUUCACCGGUCGAAGACCCACGGAUGCCAUGUUCGUCGCAGGACUGAGCCUCAGGCAGUGGGUUCAUCAGGCGUUUCCUGCAGAGCUAGCCCAAGUGGUGGAUAACCAGCUACUACCACAACUGCAAGGCUCCUCUCCUUCGAUCUGCAGCGGCUCGGGCGACGAUGUGUUUCUUGUGCCGGUAUUCGAGCUGGGUUUGCUGUGCUCCAGAGACUCGCCGGACCAGAGGAUGACGAUGAGCGACGUGGUCGUCAGGCUCGAGAGGAUCAAAAGGGAAUAUGUUGAAUGUGCUGCAGAGACUUGGGGUUCGGACACAGCAAAAUUUGGUGCGGAUCCCGAUGUGUGAUCCGAUGGCAGGUAGGUAUCAGCUGCAUUAGACUACUCACCCGUCCUUGUACAGUUGUGCGCUUUGUUGAUGUUUUCUGAGGAAGUUUUCUGAAUUUCUGAUGCCUCGUUGUGUGCUCGAUCAAAAUUCUUAAAA